CACAGACUGCUGAAGAUGCUGCUUGUGUAAUUUUUUGAUUGCACAUCAACUGCAAGGUGUGCAAGAAUCUGACAUGAUGAGUCUAUUCACUGACUGCCUCUCAGUUUAAAGCUCUAUUUUUUAGCAGUGAAAGAUCCUCAAGUCACAAAAUGAACACAUCACCGUGGCAAUCACCUAUUCCAAACUCCUCCUUCUCAUCUAUCAACAGUUAUGAGUCCAACAAGUCUGAAUCAGGAGUAUCAGAAAAUUGCAAACAGGUCCACAUUGCCCCUGAGUUUUUCCUCACACUAGGCUUGCUUAGUCUGUUAGAGAACAUCCUUGUUAUUCUUGCCAUCGUCAAGAACAAGAACCUUCACUCUCCCAUGUACUUUUUCAUCUGCAGUCUGGCUUUGGCAGAUAUGUUAGUUAGUGUAUCCAAUGCAUGGGAGACUUUAGUAAUCCAUCUUCUGGCUAACAGGAGGUUAGUUGUGGAAGAUCACUUUAUCAUGCAUAUUGAUAAUUUGUUUGACUCUUUUAUCUGCAUAUCUGUGGUGGCGUCCAUGUGCAGUUUAUUAGCUAUUGCCGUGGACCGCUACAUCUCUAUAUUUUAUGCCCUCCACUACCACAGCAUUAUGACUAUAAAGCGAGCGUGCAUGAUUAUUGGUAGCAUCUGGAGCUUCUGCACUCUUUGUGGAAUUGUCUUCAUUAUUUACUCUGACACAACACCAGUGGUGGCUUGUCUGGUGGCUAUGUUUUUGGCCAUGCUGCUUUUAAUGGCAUCUCUCUACAGCCACAUGUUCCUGCUAGCUCGAUCCCAUGUCAGGCGCAUGGCAUCGCUGCCUGGGUACAAUGCCUCCACCCAGCAGCGAGCCAGCUUGAAAGGAGCCCUCACUCUUACCAUUCUUCUGGGUAUCUUCAUUGUGUGUUGGGUGCCAUUCUUUCUCCACCUCAUCCUUAUGAUCUCCUGUCCAAAGAACCUGUACUGCAUCUGUUUCAUGUCCCACUUUAACAUGUAUGUGAUUCUCAUCAUGUGUAACUCUGUAAUCGAUCCUCUGAUCUAUGCACUGAGGAGCCAGGAGAUGAGGAAGACUUUUAAGGAGAUUCUCUGCUACUAUAACCUUUGUAGAAUCUCUAUCUUCAACAGUAAAUACUGAAAAAAAACCCCAUUAAAUUAACUCAAUCCUAAAAACGU